GUGUCCAGAGUUCAGUUCUCGAUUCUUGCGUGAGUCGGCGCGCGCGUUCUCACACACGAAAAUUACCUCUCGAAAUAAACACUAAAGUGCCUGUGACAAUAUGUUAAAAUAGUUUCGCUGUUAUUGUGAACUUGAAUAAUGGAGAGGCGAAGUGAUCAAUAGAAAGUUCUUAAAUUACAAUAAACCUAGAAAGAAAAUUCAAUAGAUAUUCGAUUCGAGAUUAUUAUCUGACAUCAAGAUUUUGAUACGAAACUCACUUACUGACAACUAACUAUCGAACUUGCGUAAAGAUCAGCGGGUGAGCAAUUGAUAAAAAUGUUCCGCCCAUCGUUGUUCCGGGGCUUGAGCCUGGAUGACUCUCACUCCGGCUAUGAACUCGAUAGGAGUCGUCGUGCGUCGCUCUCCGCCGAGCAGCGGAGGAAGCUCAGCAUGCUCAGGACCUCAAGCAUACCCUCGCCGCUGACUCCGGUGAGCCACAUUUACCAUUUGGUACCCUGCCCAAGAAAAUGCUGCCACCAGAAAUACGUGGUUAGCACGGAUCGGAGCGGAGACAUCCAUGUACACGUUCAGGGUGACUUGAGCCAGCAGGACAAACGAUGCGUGUUCCUCACCGUCCACGACCUCGGCACCAACCACUCAUCGCUGGUGGACUUCGUGAACAGUCCAGCGAUGACGGAGAUAAAGGAGAGGUCGUGCUUCAUACAUGUGGAUGUGCCAGGUCAUGAAGAGAACUCUCCGGAUUUGCCAGACUCGUACCAAUUCCCCUCUCUCCAAACCCUAGGCGAGGACUUGAUAACAGUCCUCGACUUCCUCCAAAUCAGAUACGCAGUAGGCCUGGGAGAAGGCGCCGGGGCCAACGUGCUGGCCAGAUGCGGGCUGGCACACCCGCGUCGACUCCUCGGCUUGAUUCUCGUAAACUGCACAGCGUCCACCUCCUCAGUAGCUGAUGCCUUCAGAAGUAGGUUCUCUAGAUGGCGCGGCGCCGAUAUCUCGCAGUCUGAAGAGGACUUUCUCAUUUACCACAAGUUCGGACAUGUGAGUUUUGUUCGAGCACACCUAGACUAUCGCUAUCAGCAAAUAACGAGCGAAUGCUGUUCGGCUGGCGAGCGCGAGCGCACGCUGGCGGAGUAUCGCUCGCGGCUGCGCGGCAACCUCAACACGCACAACAUCAAGCAGUACGUCAAAGCAUUCAUCAAUCGCAAAGACCUGCUGCUGAAGGGUUGCCAGCCCGACAUCCUGCUGAUCACGGGCACACUGAGUCCUUACAGCAGCGUCAUCGAGAAGCUGUACAAAGAGCUGGACCGGGACAAGGUCACCAUCCUCAAGGUAGAGAAAGUUGGAGACGUGUUGGCUGAAUCGCCGGCAAAGGUGGCGCAGUCCCUGCUCCUGUUCUGCCAAGGCCAGGGUCUGCUGACGUCACUGCCGCCGCCGGGCGUGGAGCGGCGCAUGUCGCGCGCCAUGUCCAUGGAGGAGUACGACAAGCCGAACAUCAGGCGGCUGUCGCUCACGCCCAGCGUGUCCGAGUCUCCGCCGCCGAGGAAGCUGUAGGUGAGGGUCUCAGACUCUG